GCUGGGCAGAGCCGUGAACACACGCAGCUCUGGUCCUCACCUGCGCCUCACAAGGACCAUGGCGAGAGCCGCUGCAUGAGGGGACAGGGUUGUGCUCCACCACCCAUAAGAAAGACGCAGAGGUGAGUUUUUUUGUAUUGGGGUAGAGAUGAUCUCAUGUCUAAAAUUUCUAGGUAUGACAAAAAGUAUAAUUUUCACUAUUUUAUUGACAUUGAGGUAGAUUUCUUUGUUUUAAAGGAAUGGGUAGAUGUGAAAUUAAGAUGGAACCCUGACGACUAUGGUGGAAUAAAAGUUAUACGUGUCCCUUCAGACUCUGUCUGGACACCAGACAUCGUUUUGUUUGAUAACGCAGACGGACGUUUUGAAGGGACCAGGACGAAAACGGUCGUCAGGUACAAUGGCACUGUCACAUGGACUCCACCGGCAAACUAUAAAAGCUCCUGUACCAUAGAUGUCACAUUUUUCCCAUUUGAUCUGCAAAACUGUUCCAUGAAAUUUGGUUCUUGGACUUAUGAUGGAUCACAGGUCGAUAUAGUUCUAGAGGACCAAGAUGUAGACAAGAGAGACUUUUUUGAUAACGGAGAAUGGGAAAUUGUGAGCGCAACGGGGAGCAAAGGAAACAGAACCGACAGCUGUUGCUGGUAUCCGUAUGUCACCUACUCAUUUGUAAUUAAACGUCUGCCUCUCUUUUAUACUUUGUUCCUUAUUAUACCCUGUAUUGGGCUCUCAUUUCUAACUGUGCUCGUCUUCUAUCUUCCUUCAAACGAAGGUGAAAAGAUCUGUCUCUGCACUUCAGUACUUGUCUCUUUGACUGUCUUCCUUCUGGUUAUUGAAGAGAUCAUACCCUCCUCUUCAAAAGUCAUACCUCUGAUUGGAGAGUAUCUGGUGUUUACCAUGAUUUUUGUGACUCUAUCAAUUAUGGUAACUGUCUUCGCUAUCAACAUUCAUCACCGUUCUUCCUCAACACAUAACGCUAUGGCACCUUGGGUGCGCAAGGUAUUUCUUCACAAGCUUCCCAAACUGCUCUGCAUGAGAAGUCAUGUCGAUAGGUACUUCACGCAGAAAGAGGAAGCCGAGAGUGGAAGUGGACCAAAGUGUUCUAGAAACACACUGGAAGCUGCGCUUGAUUCUAUCCGCUACAUAGUAAGACACAUCAUGAAGGAGAAUGAUGUCCGUGAGGUUGUUGAAGAUUGGAAAUUCAUAGCCCAGGUUCUCGAUCGGAUGUUUCUGUGGACUUUUCUUUUGGUUUCAAUUGUUGGAUCUCUUGGGCUUUUUGUUCCUGUUAUUUAUAAAUGGGCAAAUAUAAUAAUACCAGUCCAUAUUGGAAAUGCAAAUAAGUGAAACCUCCCAAGGGGCUGAAGUAUGAAUUUAGUUACCCAACACACAUAUAUAUCUUAUGGCACCUAUAAAAUUAUGAAAAUGUAAAUAGUGUUUGAAAUCUGAUGCAAGCUUUAACAGCAUAACAGUUCAUCUUAAUAGAUCAUCCAUUAGAACAUCUGCCUGUAUGACUGAAGUAGUAACUGAUAGAAUAAUAUUUGAUCUUCUAAAAAUAGCAAAAUAUUAUCCAAACUGUACUAGUGAAACCUCUCAUGUUUGGAUCCUGGCAAAUAAUACUAAUUUGUAAUCAACAAUGAAGUUCAUCUUUUGACUGUG